AUGGGCAAUUGCCAACAACUUACGUACGUAAAUUUUAUCACAAGUAACUCUACAACUAAACACAUGUAAAUAAAUGGAAAUCUGCUUAGCUUAACGAACUUAGAGAAUAGCAACGCUUUUUGUGGCAUGCGACUGCAUACGAAACAAUGGCAGUGCAUUCGGCAUCUUCAGUACUGUAAUCUUGCGAUUUUUAUCAAAAUUCUUGUACGGAUCAUUCAAAUGUCAUGAUGAGAAACUCACAUUGAAAAAUCUGGUAACUAUACAAAAGUCACGAGAUUCAACACGACUUGGACUGAUGGCAUAAAAUAGGAAUAGAGAUGGACAAGAAGUCAUCACACUUUCCCGUAAACGCGUGAAACAAAGCUGGGGUAAAACUGGAGCUUGCGAGGCUUGAAGAGCAAAUUUAUUAGGAAACAGUGACGCUAACAAAAUAUCUGCUACAGCCAUUACGGAGGUUUUUAAGUUUUUAGUUAGUUUCAAUUCUAAGUGAGUAUGUAGCAUCAAGGCGAGUCCGUCUUUCCAAAAAUGGAUGAAACCGAGGUUGAAAUUUUCAACUUGACAGAAGAAAUACGCAGAGUUAUACGAGAAGUAAAAAGAGCAAACCGUGAGUGUGAUUCGUCCUAUCUAGAGAACCAGGACGCUGCAUCAUGUGUACAAAUCCUAGCACAAGCAGUGGGAAAAUUGCUUUGUAACUACGAAAAUGCUAAGGAAGAAAUAGACCGAUUAGAACUGCGAAAUGUAGACCUUUUGAGCAGAGAAAUCGAAUUAAACAGUAAUUGUGUACGAUACCAGAUGCAAUUAGUUAUACAGGAGAAUUUUGUUAAGGAACAAGGGGCAAAACUACGGUUGAUGGACGAGGAGUUGGAAAAUGUCCGCUUUAUUUUAGAGCAAAGAAUUGAGGAAGAAAACAGGAUGAAUAUGCUAAGAGACAUUCACGAAAUGGAGUUUACUGUGAAAGCAGCCGAAAAUGAAGACAAUUUGCAAGAAGCGUUGUCUGAAAAAGAGGCAACAAUGGCGGGACUCGAACUGUGUGUACAUCAAUUGACGGAGGAGAUUUUCAAAGUCAAUGACGUCAUUGAUAAGCAGCAUAUUGAGCUAGAAAAGAAAGAUAUUUUGCUUAAAGAAGCUUCAGAGAGAAUCCAAAUGGUAGAGAGUGAGAACGAGAAUUUUCUUUCAAGACUUAUAUCACUUAGAGAAGAACCAGGUUUAGCAAAAAAUAAUUUAGAGGACAGGGGUGCAAGGAGCACUGUGGCAACCGGAGAGGACGCAUUAAGACAAAGCGUUGAGAAUGAACCUCAGUUGGAUUUACAAUUGAGCGAUCGUAGUCGAUGUUGUGAAAAAGAAAGAGAAAAUGGUAAUAUUUUGAUCGUUGAUGACGAAUAUUUACGCAAAGAUAUUCAAAAGCAUCAAGCAGUUCAUAAGAUAGACGGUGAUGUGGAAAGUCAAUGGGAAACCACAAAUGCAAAGUCUUUAUUUCAGAAAAACAAAAGGCCAGUUAAGAAACACAGGCUUAGGUGCUUUCAAGGUGACCGCAGUGUCUCGACUGGAAUUUCGAAAGAACACAAAGAGAUUACAUUUGAUAGAACUAACAAUUCAGUGGCAGGAGCUCCUAUAAAUUGCGUGAGAGGUUCGCAUGAAAAUCGAGAGAAAAGAAUGGAUACGUUUAGAUUUGACGUUAAUGCAAAUGCUGUGCCGAAUGCAAACGAACCCAGUGCUUCGCUUGUCAAGAAUUCGGCAGUUAACACCGAAGACCUUCAUGCAACAUUUGAUUCUCAGAUAGCUGAAGGGAAUUUCGAAAAUGUUGAAAUCAAUGAAAGAACAAAAGGAAACGCGAAGGAAUCCCCAGAAGAUUUGCAAAAACAGGAUUUGGAUCGAAUUACUAACGGUUACCAGAUUGAAACGGGACAGGGACAAGAUUCAAAAAAACUUUCGUUAAAAAGCGAUAAAUCGCAGGCAACGGUCAUGGAAGAGAAAAAUACAAGCAACAUCGGGGAGUUCGCAAGAAUCAACGAAACAAUUCAAGUUGCAUAUACAAUAAACGAACAAGAAUCAGAUACUGAGGAUUCCGAAUUGAAUGACACUGUUGAAUUAUCUUUGACUCUUGGAGAAAACAAUUUUAGUGAGGUCGAAAUGAGGUUAAUGCAGUCGGAUGAUAGCAGUGACAGUUCAUGUAAUGAAAAGGAGGACGAGCACGAAAAUUUGAAUGAAAAUCAAAGGGAAUUGGAAACAGUUGAGACAUCUAAAACAACUGUACCAGCACUUGAAAUGCAAGCAAUCGAUAUCAACCUAAUCGAAGCUACUGCUGCGUUAGAAGUAGAAGUAGCACCUGCAGAAGUUCCAGUUUUAGAGCCACCAACAAUGGAAGCACCAGAGACACCUGAAAUCUUAAAGCCAGCUGUGGAAGUGCCUGAAGCAGACAGCGACAAAAUGGAAGCUACUGCUGCGUUAGAUAUAGAGGUACCAUCUGCAGAAGUGCCAGUUCUAGAGACAGCAACGGUGGAAGCACCAGAGACACUUGAAAACACAGCACCAGCUUUGGAAGUGCCAGAGGCAGAAUGCAACAGCAUUGAAGUUCCUGCUGCGUUGGAAGAAGAAGUACCAUCUACAGAGGUAUCGGUUUUAGAGACACAAGCAAUGGAGGCACCAGAGACACCAGAAAUCCUAACAUCAGCUGUGGAAAUGGCAGAGGCAGAAAGCAAUAAAACCGAAGUUACAGCUGCUUUAGAAAUAGAAGUACCAUCUACAGAAGUCCCAGUUUUAGAGACACAAACGUUUGAAGGACUGGAUACAACUGAAGUCACAGGACCAGCUGUAGAAGUGACAGGAACAGACAGCAAUAAAAUUGAAGUUACAUCAGCAAUAAAAGUAGAGGUAACUUCUGCAGAAAUGCCAGUUUUAGAGACACCGACAAUGAAAGCACAAGAGACACCUGAAAUUGCAAUACCAGCUGUAGAAGAGCCAGUUUUAGAGACACCAACAGUGGAAGCACCAGAGACACCUGAAAUUGCAACACCUGCUGUAGAAGUGCCAGUUUUAGAGACACCAACAGUGGAAGCACCAGAGACACCUGAAAUUGCAAUACCAGGUGUAGAAGAGUCAGUUUUAGAGACACCAACAGUGGAAGCACCAGAGACACCUGAAAUUGCAACACCAGCUGUAGAAGUGCCAGUUUUAGAGAAACCAACAAUGGAAGCACCAGAGACACCUGAAAUUGCAAUACCAGCUGUAGAAGAGCCAGUUUUAGAGACACCAACAGUGAAAUCACCAGAGACACCUAAAAUUGCAACACCUGCUGUCGAAAUGUCAGUUCUAGAGACACCAACAGUAAAAGAACCAGAGACACCUAAAAUUGCAACACCUGCUGUAGAAGUGCCAGUUUUAGAGACACCAUCAGUGGAAGCACCAGAGACACCUGAAAUUGCAACACCUGCUGUAGAAGUGCCAGUUUUAGAGACACCAACAGUGGAAGCACCAGAGACACCUGAAAUUGCAAUACCAGCUGUAGAAGAGCCAGUUUUAAAGACACCAACAGUGGAAGCACCAGAGACACCUGAAAUUGCAACACCAGCUGUAGAAGAGCCAGUUUUAGAGACAUCAACAAUGAAAGCACCGGAGACACCUAAAAUUGCAAUACCAGCUGUAGAAGAGCCAGUAUUAAAGAUACCAACAGUGGUAGCACUAGAGACACCUGAAAUUGCAAUACCAGCUGUUGAAGUGCCAGUUUUAGAGACAACAACAGUGGAAGCACCAGAGACACCUGAAAUUGCAACACCUGCUGUAGAAGUGCCAGUUUUAGAGACACCAACAGUGGAAGCACCAGAGACACCUGAAAUUGCAAUACCAGGUGUAGAAGAGUCAGUUUUAGAGACACCAACAGUGGAAGCACCAGAGACACCUGAAAUUGCAAUACCAGCUGUAGAAGAGCCUUUAGAGAUACCAACAGUGGAAGCACCAGAGACACCUGAAAUUGCAAUACCAGCUGUAGAAGAGCCAGUUUUAAGGACACCAACAGUGGAAGCACCAGAGACACCUGAAAUUGCAAUACCAGGUGUAGAAGAGUCAGUUUUAGAGACACCAACAGAGGAAGCACCAGAGACACUUGAAAUUGCAAUACCAGCUGUAGAAGAGCCAGUAUUAAAGAUACCAACAGUGGUAGCACUAGAGACACCUGAAAUUGCAAUACCAGCUGUAGAAGUGCCAGUUUUAGAGACACCAACAGUGGAAGCACCAGAGACACCUGAAAUUGCAACACCUGCUGUAGAAGUGCCAGUUUUAGAGACACCAACAGUGGAAGCACCAGAGACACCUGAAAUUGCAAUACCAGGUGUAGAAGAGUCAGUUUUAGAGACACCAACAGUGGAAGCACCAGAGACACCUGAAAUUGCAACACCAGCUGUAGAAGUGCCAGUUUUAGAGAAACCAACAAUGGAAGCACCAGAGACACCUGAAAUUGCAAUACCAGCUGUAGAAGAGCCAGUUUUAGAGACACCAACAGUGAAAUCACCAGAGACACCUAAAAUUGCAACACCUGCUGUCGAAAUGCCAGUUCUAGAGACACCAACAGUGGAAGCACCAGAGACACUUGAAAUUGCAACACCAGCUGUAGAAGAGCCAGUUUUAGAGACAUCAACAAUGAAAGCACCGGAGACACCUAAAAUUGCAAUACCAGCUGUAGAAGAGCCAGUUCUAGAGACAUCAACAGUAAAAGAACCAGAGACACCUAAAAUUGCAACACCUGCUGUAGAAGAUCCAGUAUUAAAGAUACCAACAGUGGAAGCACCAGAGACACCUGAAAUUGCAAUACCAGCUGUAGAAAUUCCAGUUUUAGAGACACCAACAUUGGAAGCACCAGAGACACCUGAAAUUGCAAUACCAGCUGUAGAAGAACCAGUAUUAAAGAUACCAACAGUGGAAGCACCAGAGACACCUGAAAUUGCAAUACCAGCUGUAGAAGAGCCAGUUCUAGAGACAUCAACAGUAAAAGAACCAGAGACACCUAAAAUUGCAACACCUGCUGUAGAAGAUCCAGUAUUAAAGAUACCAACAGUGGUAGCACCAGAGACACCUGAAAUUACAAUACCAGCUGUAGAAGUGCCAGUUUUAGAGACACCAACAGUGGAAGCACCAGAGACACCUGAAAUUGCAACACCAGCUGUAGAAGUGCCAGUUUUAGAGACACCAACAGUGGAAGCACCAGAGACACCUGAAAUUGCAAUACCAGGUGUAGAAGAGCCAGUUUUAGAGACACCAACAGUGGAAGCACCAGAGACACCUGAAAUUGCAAUACCAGCUGUAGAAGAGCCAGUUUUAGAGAAACCAACAAUGGAAGCACCAGAGACACCUGAAAUUGCAACACCAUUUACAGAAGUACCAGUUUUAGAGACACCAACAAUGGAAGCACCGGAUACACCUGAAAUCACAAAACCAGCUGUAGAAGUGCCAGGAACAGACAGCAACAAAAUUGAAGUUAAUGCUGCGCUGAAAGUGGAGGUACUAUCUGCAGAAAUGCCAGUUUUAGAGACACCAACAGUGGAAGCACAAAGGACACCUGAAUUUGUAACACCAUCUGCAGAAGUGCCAGUUUUAGAGACACCAAUACCAGAAGCUCUAGAGUCGCCUGAAAUUGCAACACCUGCUGUAGAAGUGCCAGUUUUAGAGACACCAACAGUGGAAGCACCAGAGACACCUGAAAUUGCAAUACCAGCUGUAGAAGAGCCAGUUUUAGAGACACCAACAGUGGAAGCACUAGAGUCGCCUGAAGUUGUAACACUAGCUGUAGAAGUGCCAGUUUUAGAGACACCAACAGUGGAAGCACCAGAGACACCUGAAAUUGCAAUACCAGCUGUAGAAGAGCCAGUUUUAGAGACACCAACAGUGGAAGCACUAGAGUCGCCUGAAGUUGUAACACUAGCUGUGGAAGAUCCAGGAACAGACAGCAAAAAAAUCGAAAGUAUUUCUGUGUUAGAAGUAGAAGUGUCAUCUAGAGAGGUACCAGUUUUAGAGACACCAACAGUGGAACUACCAGAAGAAACAGAGGUGGUUUUAUCUGCGGUAUCAGAUUCACAGGAAUUGAAAAUAGCAUAUUCAAAUGAUGUUUGCGUUCCUUCGUCGAAUGAAAAUGCUGAAAAUCUAAAUUUAGCUUUGAAUAGAGCUGCCUUUGGUGAUCUGGAUGAUGGGAAGGUAAACAUUGUCAAAGAAUCGGAAACAUUGAGCAUGAAUAUUGAAAGCCCAAAUCGAUCGUCCCUUGAAAUCCCAUCAAAUCUUGUUUCAAGCCUCAUAAAAGAAAAUAUGGAACUUAGAGAAAAGAUGGAGCUUUUAAAUGCUGAUAAGUCGCUAUUGUUAAAGGAGCUCGAUUCUGUCAAAACUGGAGAUAGAGCACAGAAGGAAUUGCGAAUGGAGGUCGACACAGUAGUUGCCGAAAAGUUACUUCUUUUAGAGCAGAUUCGAGCUCUAAAAGGUAUAAUGCUUGACUUCGACGAAAAGUAUAAAGAAGAAACUGAACGUUUAAUCAAAGAGAAGGAUGAGCUGAAAAAUUUGCUGGAGGGCCUUAACAAUUCAGUAGUAAUAAGUGAAAAUGAUUUAAAAGCUGCAGAGGAUAGAGAAAAGUACCUGAUCUCCAGAAAUGAAAAAGCUGUUGCUGAGAUACAAGCCUUGGAAGAGAGGUUAGGUAAGCAUAAACCCCAGCCAGAUGAGAUACAAGUGGCAUGCAACGAAUGCGAGGCUUUGCGCAAACAGCUAGCAGAGGAGCAAGAAAAGGUUGCUGAUCUCAAGAUAGAACUUUCCAAGUCAGUUUCUUCCGGAGAUGUCGAUUUAGAUGAGUCUUACGGUGCAAAGGAACCAAUAAGCCCUGGAGCAGCUGCUAGGGGGAAAAAGAAGAAGAGAUUCUCGCUGUUGUGUACAUAAGAUUCACGUAGAGAAGUUGAAGAUGAAGUUGAUUAGAAGUUGGUUGUGGCUUUAGACGAUUCUGAACCUAUCAUUGCUCAAAAAGAAUUUCCAUGAGGCUGGUAUUUGAGCGCAGUUACUCUAUUGCAUUUGUUUUGCAAAUAUUUUUAUUAAAUAUAUCUUUUUUAAAUAUAGAUCAAAUUUUAAUUGAUAUUUAUUACCUGCUUAGUAUGUAAUUACUUAAAGUUGCCAUGGAAUUAUUGAAAGUAAGGCUUUGUCUUUCAAAGGGAUUACCAAAGCUGCAAAUAUGUUCAUCAUCAAUCAUGGUAUUUUUGAUAAAUCACAAUCAGAUUUUCAUGAAAAUAAUAGAAAAUUUGCUGAGUGAAACUAUUGAUUCUGAAGCCUGCGUAGAAGCAUGCUCAAAAAAUGAAACAUAAACAAAAUAGAAGGACAAUAUUCCAUAGGGCGUAUACGACACUCACACUAACCUAUGCUCUCUAUUUUCUAUUACAAAAGGAUAUUUGCUUUUUCAUCAUGUAAAGCCCUGGAAAACGUUUUGCCGGGGCUUAAGUUGCUUCGUGUCAAGUAAGACUGAUUUUAACAAAAAACACCGCCUCAUAAAAAUUCACCCAGUUGUGACUUUGCAAUUUUUCAUUCCUUUUUUAUCUAUUUUAUUGAAUAUUCUUGACAUUGGACUUGCUAGUAAAUGACAAUGGACAAUAUUUAUUCAAAUUUAUGAUUAUAUUGAAAUUAAAUAUUUCUGCAUUUAUAAAUGUAACUGAAAUCGUUUUGUAAGGUGAUUAUACAAAUGUAUAUACAUAUUCGUUAUAAAAAAUACUGUUCGUCAAAGUCCGUAGAAGAAACUUUGCUAUAUUUUAAAUAUGUAAGCUAUCUAUGAGUAUAUAUGUUAAAGUAUAAUGUAUCUUUAACAGUGAAUAGUGUUCGAAAGUCUGGAUUUUAAAUCGACACUUUUACCUGGCUUUUUAUCAGUGAAUCGUGAAUUCCAAUUCCUACUAAGGAAAAAAUAAUUCUAAUUAAAUUAUGUUGAUGCUCAAAAAUUCAUAAUAAGUAGAAAGUAAAAAAGAUUGCGAUGACUGAUUUUGAAUAUUCAGAGUACUAGAACAUUCAAUAACUUGUGAAAAAGAGAAAAAUUUAAAAUUCUUUAAAAGAUCAAAGUGCUGUAUUUGUAUUCAAUUAGAUUUUUAAAUGUAUAUUAAAAAAACUGCAUUAUUAUCACUUAUGACUUUUCAUUUGUCUUUUAUAUAAGCAAUUUGUAAAACAGCUCUCAAUGACGUUUUUCUCGUGAUGUUCCUUGGUUACACUUGAAAGUUUUUCUAGCUGCUCGGUUUUUGAAAAAGCGUUGGGAUUUGUGAAUUCGAUAAGUUAGCAAAAAAUUAAUUCCAUUUCAUAUACCAGUCAGGACGGGGGUAAAAGCAGCAGUUGCCCUGCGUUGUAACAACAAUUUGCAGUUGGGGGGCAAUACUCAAAUUCUUAGACUUCACCCUCAAUCUGCGCAAAGGUACCUACAAACCCUUUCAAAAAGUCCACAACAAAGAGCUACAGAUUUUUCAGACCCUGACUGCCUCUCUUAUAUAGGAAAAUGUGUUUCUAAAAUAACAGAAAUAUUUGGACUAAAUCAAGCAUACAAAGGUUACAUAGCCACUAUGAGUCAAAAACAGAACUAUGAAUCAACUACACAAUGUCAAAAAAGUAAACUGUAAGUUUUUCGUAGCCAUUCAGUUGAAAAUUCUUCAAAAGGCAAAACUCGAGUUAGGUUUCUUUUUGAAAAAAGGUGAGUCAAGGCACUCUGACAAAAAGGUGUGCUGCAUUUUUUUAAGAACCAGUAGAUUUAAGCUCAAGCUCACUGUUCUGCGUUUUUUUUGAAAAUCUGAGGCUGGUUUGUUCUCAAUUUGUUCUUAAGUUGAUAGGGUGUGAGCAGUGAAAUUGCCAGCUUUUUGCUCUAGGGUGGUGUUCAGGCCUCACUUGCCAACAAAGUGAGUGAGACAACCUUCAUUUGCCGACAAGUUUGAACAUUCACCGAAAAAGCACCUACACAUGGCUAAAAGUCCUCGUUUUUUAGAUAAAAUGGUGUUAAAAAUUGUAUUUUACAGUAGCUCAGCAUCAGCUUGUUCUUAAUUUGUUCUUAACUUUUGACCAAUUUUGAGGCUUUUGUUCUUAUAAAAUUGUUCUUAUAAAAAAGAGUGCAUAUCGCCUUAUUGGGGCAUCAAUGUACGUCAUAGAUGAAAAAAGGCAUAGCGACUUCAUAAUUCUUCAGCAAAAACCUGUUUCCAAUGUCGUUGGUCUGCUUGCACUCGGAGUGGUUCUGCAUGCCACAGUUGCACAUUUGAAUAUUUCAAGACAAGGAAUAUCUUGAAAGUAAACAGGUUUAAUGUUGCUUACAUUUCAGGAAUGAAGUGUCCCCUCUUGGCAAAGGAAUAAUCUAGCAGAAUUUUAACUAUGCCAUUUUUCAAAAUAUAAUUUGGAAAAACUGUAGGCAAGGGGGGGGGCAAGUUGUUGUCAUUAUUCUCAUUUGGGGGACACAGCCCCCCGUGCCCUCCCCUGCAGCUACCUUAGUCCCUCCAAAUUUCGCCUG